AUGCUCAAUUACUACAUUUCUGAAGAUUUAUCAAAAUGGCUGUCCUUGACCACAUUCCCUUGCUGCAGGAGUCGCUAUCUUGAGAUCUUAUUAAACCCUGACAGCUCGAACUUCCAAGAGCACUUGAAACGUUGGACCGACAUAAACCGACAGGAGCCCGCCGCAAUUAUUCUUCCAAGCUCGGAAGACGAGUGUCUAAAAACCGUGCAAUGGGCUUUAAAGGCCGAUAUCCCAUUCGUGACUAAAAGUGGUGGCCACAGCGAAUGGUCCACCAUUGAUAAGAAUGGUGUGAUCAUUGACCUUGGUCGCUAUUCUGGCGUCCAAGUAGACGUUCCAAACCGGAAGGCUACACUCACGGGCAGUGUGCUAAGCAAGGACGUUGCUGUCGCCCUGGCAGAUGUUGGUCUUUUCACAGCUUUGGGCAACGGCAAUACUGUCGGUGCAAUUCCAUACUUUCUCAACGGUGGCGCUUCCAUAACAACCUCCAUCACUGGAUUUGGUGCGGAUCAGAUCCUCGGUGCACGUAUCAUUACUGCCUCAGGUGAAAUUAUUGAGAUCAGCCAAACACAGAACCCGGAGAUCCUCUGGGCAAUCCGCGGGGCUGGCCAAUUUUUUGGUCUUGUGACGCAGCUGACGAUCCAGGCAUAUCCUUUAUCCGCUCUAGGCAAUGAUCGAGGCGUGAUUUGGGCGGGAACCUUCGUGUUUCCGUUGGAUAGAGCAAGCGAGGUAGUAUCUGUGAUGAAGGAUUUGACGAACAAUAGUGAAUAUGCAACUGCUGGGCUACUUAUGGUAAUGGCACCUCCCCCGACUCGCCAGCCAUCAAUUGUUGUAGCGGCGCGUUACACAGGGAAGCCAGAGGAUGCAGUAAUUGCUUACCAGCCAUUGUAUAACUUGAAUCCAAUCGCAGCACCCGGUGGUGAAGUGCCCAUUCAAAACGCCAGCGAUGCUCGAAGCGCAAUUGGAGCCAAGGGAGACUUUAAACGCUUCGGUGUGGUAGGUCUUCAUCGUUUCGACCCGGAUGCCUUCUUGAAGACAAUAGACGUGUGGAAGGAUAUGGUUGCCCAGUGCCCUGACGCUAUAAAUAUGGCUUUCAAUUUCCAGUGGGACACAAGGCCACCCAGAAAAUCGGACUUGGAGUCUGCCCAUUCUCUACAAGUCAUUCGAUACUGGCAGAACAAUCUUAUCUGGCACACCGACGUAAAAAGCCGAGCCAUUGUGGAUAGUUUUAAUGAUAAAUGCAUUGCGAUCAUGCGAGGCCCGAAUGUCGCUGAAUACGUGGACUUUGCAAAUGGUACGCGCGAUGAUCCCAUUGAACGACGCUUCCGCGGCAAGGAGAAACUCGACAAACUCAGGAAGCUGAAAGAGAAGUGGGACAAGUCUGGGGUUUUCACUCGGCAGUUCUUGGAUGAGUGA